AUGCCUCACGCCCGGGUGUCUGCCAUCUAUCAGUACCGACACAAACUUCAGUCUCUACACUCGGUGGCGUACACCUACUUUAGUCCAGACACAAAGUUCAGUAUCUACACUCUGGCAUACACCUACUUUAGUCCCGACACAAAAUUCAGUAUCUACACUCUGGCAUACACCUACUUUAGUCCCGACACAAACUUCAGUAUCUACACUCUGGCAUACACCUACUUUAGUCCCGACACAAACUUCAGUAUCUACACUCUGGUAUACAACUGCUUUAGUUCCGACACAAACUUCAGUAUCUACACUCUGGCGUACACCUACUUUAGUCCCGACACAAACUUCAGUAUCUACACUCUGGCAUAUACCUGCUUUAGUCCUGACACAAAGUUCAGUAUCUACACUCUGGCGUACACCUACUUUAGUCCCGACACAAACUUCAGCAUCUACACUCCGUGGCGUACACCUACUUUAGUCCCGACACAAACUUCAUACCGACACAAACUUCAGUCUCUACACUCGGUGGCGUACACCUACUUUAGUCCAGACACAAAGUUCAGUAUCUACACUCUGGCAUACACCUACUUUAGUCCCGACACAAAAUUCAGUAUCUACACUCUGGCAUACACCUACUUUAGUCCCGACACAAACUUCAGUAUCUACACUCUGGCGUACAACUGCUUUAGUUCCGACACAAACUUCAGUAUCUACACUCUGGCGUACACCUACUUUAGUCCCGACACAAACUUCAGUAUCUACACUGUGGCAUACACCUACUUCAGUCCUGACACAAAGUUCAGUAUCUACACUCUGUUGCGUACACCUACUUUAGUCCCGACACAAACUUCAUCCCCACACAAACUUCAGUAUCUACAGUCUGUUGCGUACACCUACUUUAGUCCCGACACAAAAUUCAGUAUCUACACUCUGGCAUACACCUACUUUAGUCCCGACACAAACUUCAGUAUCUACACUCUGGCAUACAACUGCUUUAGUUCCGACACAAACUUCAGUAUCUACACUCUGGCAUACACCUACUUCAGUCCUGACACAAAGUUCAGUAUCUACACUCUGGCAUUCCCCUACUUAAGUCCCGACACAAACUUCAGUAUCUACACUCUGGCAUACACCUGCUUUAGUCCAGACACAAACUUCAGUAUCUACACUCUGGCAUACACCUACUUUAGUCCCGACACAAACUUCAGUAUCUACACUCUGGCAUACACCUACUUUAGUCCCGACACAAACUUCAGUAUCUACACUCUGGUAUACAACUGCUUUAGUUCCGACACAAACUUCAGUAUCUACACUCUGGCGUACACCUACUUUAGUCCCGACACAAACUUCAGUAUCUACACUCUGGCAUAUACCUGCUUUAGUCCUGACACAAACUUCAGUAUCUACACUCUGGCAUACACCUGCUUUAGUCCAGACACAAACUUCAGUAUCUACACUCUGGCAUACACCUACUUUAGUCCCGACACAAACUUCAGUAUCUACACUCUGGUAUACAACUGCUUUAGUUCCGACACAAACUUCAGUAUCUACACUCUGGCGUACACCUACUUUAGUCCCGACACAAACUUCAGUAUCUACACUCUGGCAUAUACCUGCUUUAGUCCUGACACAAAGUUCAGUAUCUACACUCUGGCUCCCGACACAAACUUCAGCAUCUACACUCUGGCAUACACCUACUUCAGUCCUGACACAAAGUUCAGUAUCUACACUCUGGCAUUCCCCUACUUAAGUCCCGACACAAACUUCAGUAUUUACACUCUGGUGAAUCCCUACUUUAGUCCCGACACAAACUUCAGUAUCUACACUCUGGCAUACACCUGCUUUAGUCCAGACACAAACUUCAGUAUCUACACUCUGGCAUACACCUACUUUAGUCCCGACACAAACUUCAGUAUCUACACUCUGGUAUACAACUGCUUUAGUUCCGACACAAACUUCAGUAUCUACACUCUGGCGUACACCUACUUUAGUCCCGACACAAACUUCAGUAUCUACACUCUGGCAUAUACCUGCUUUAGUCCUGACACAAAGUUCAGUAUCUACACUCUGGCGUACACCUACUUUAGUCCCGACACAAACUUCAGCAUCUACACUCUGUGGCUGAAAUUCCUGCAACGUGACCAACGUGACCUCCUGCAAAACAGCCUCAUGGAGUUCCUGCAACGCAGCCUUAUGGAGCUCCUGCAAGGCAGCCUCAUGGAGUUCCUGCAAGGUGGCCUCAUGGAGUUCCUGCAAGGGGGCCUUAUGGAGUUCCUGCAACGCAGCCUUAUGGAGCUCCUGCAAGGCAGCCUCAUGGGGUUCCUGCAACGUGGCCUAAUGGGGUUCCUGGAACGUGGCCUCAUGGGGCUCCUGCAAGGUGGCCUCAUGGAGAUCCUGCAAGGUGGCCUCAUGGGGUUCCUGCAAGGUGGCCUCAUGGAGAUCCUGCAAGGUGGCCUCAUGGAGAUCCUGCAAGGUGGCCUCAUGGAGAUCCUGCAAGGUGGCCUCAUGGAGAUCCUGCAAGGUGUCCUCAUGUAG